ACCCCUGAACGCGCUCGUCGCUCUCGCUCUGAGUCCGUCCCUUCCGCCUCUCGUGGCUUCGCCAGAAGACUCAGUUCGGUCCCUGGAGUCUGAGUCCGAGUCCGGGUAAACCCGCGGUGAGGCAGGCACCGGCCCCAACUUUCUGCCUGCGGUGCUUAUAGACGUUGACCUCCUGCAGCGAUGUUUUCCUGCUCUGGGCUGCCUUCCUCCCCUUCUCAAACCUUUCUCUGACUUCCAACUUCCCCAGCCCUUUUCCCGCCACCUCCGCCCAGUUCCGUUGUGCAGAGUUUUCCCUCAGGAGUUGGGUGUGCGCCCUUCACCUCUGAAGAGAGCAGAGAGGGAACCGAGAGGCAGAAAUAGAUGCCGUUUAGUGAGGCAUCAGAAAGUCUGGGGAGAAAGACCCACGAGGAUUGAAACAGAUACUAACAGAAUGGGGCCAGUUUGUAGGAGGAAGAAUAGAGAGGGAGGGAAACAGAAUGAUGUGUAGAAAAAAGAAGAGGAAACACAGAAAUGAACAAAAGGAGAAGAAACAGAGUCAUAUACAGAGAACAGAGUACAUAGUGGUGGAGAAAACAGAGGACCCACACUCAGAAUAAUCUUACCUGAGAAAGAAGCUCAGAGGAAGUGGAAAGAAAGAAGGAAUGGCGUUUUCGCAGGGACUAUUUACACUCAAGGAUGUGGCCAUCGAGUUCUCCCAGGAGGAGUGGGAGUGCCUGGUCCCUGCCCAGAGGGCCUUGUACAGGGACGUGAUGUUGGAGACCUGCAGGAACCUGCUCUCCCUGGGUGAGGAGAACGUCCCUCCGGAAGUCGCAGGAAGCCUUUCUGCUGGAUUUGCAGUCAAGGAAUUAGUACCAAGAGAGGCCAUUCAUAAAGAAGAAUUAUACCAUCUGGUGAUACUGGACAGAAAAGAAAGCCAUGGCAUCAAGGAUUUUGACCUCAAGGAAGUCUGGGAAAAUACACAUGAGGGUGCGAGCACAUGGGGCUACGCUGCAAGAAAUUAUAAAGAAGUGCCUUUGACCCAUAACAAAAGCCUCAGUCAUAGAGAAGAUCAAGAUGAUAAAUCCUUAGUUAAUUUUCCUCAGAGUGUUUCUGUAAGAAGUAUUAAUAUAUAUGAGUAUUUCAUGCAUGACAAACCAUUCAUAAGAAAUUUGUUAAAAAUGAAACAUAGCAUAAGCAUUGCGGGAAACACGUACAGAAAUUGUUUGGAAAGUGGAAUUGGAGUAAGUUUGCAGGCCCACGUGGCUGCACUGCAGAGACUCCCAACUGAGGAGAAAAUGUAUGAAUACAGUCAAGUUGAGAAGUCAAUCAACAGUGGUUCCUCAGUUUCACCACUGCAAAGAAUUCCUGCUAGUGUGAAAAACACUUUGUUACCUGCACAAGACAGGAGAGCACACACUAGAGAAAAAUCCUACAACUGUGAUGCCUGUGGGAAGGCUUUCAGCAAAAGCUCAAACCUCAGGAAUCACAAGAGAAUCCAUUCUGGACAGAAACCUUACAAAUGCAAUGUGUGUGGCAAGGCCUUUAACCAGUGUUCUAAUCUCACUACACAUCAGAGAGUGCACACAGGAGAGAAGCCAUAUAAAUGUGAUGUAUGUGGCAAAGUCUUUAGUCGAAAUUCACACCUUGCAAAUCAUCAGAGAAUGCACACUGGAGAGAAACCUUACAAAUGUCGGGAAUGUGGUAAGGCCUUUAUCCAACAUUCACUCCUUUGGAGUCAUGAGAAAAUGCAUACUGGUGAGAAACCUUACAAAUGUAGUGAAUGCAGUAAAGUCUUUGCUGAACGUUCAAGCCUUAACAAACAUAAAAAAAUCCAUACUGGAGAGAAACCUUAUAUAUGUGCUCAGUGUGGCAAAGCCUUUACCAUGCGAUCAAAUCUUACUCAGCAUGAGACAAUCCAUACUGGAGAGAAACCUUACAAAUGUGUUCAGUGUGGCAAAGCUUUUACCCAAUUUUCACGCCUUACUAGGCAUCAGAAAAUGCAUACCGGAGAGAAACCACACAAAUGUAGCAUGUGUGGAAAGGCUUUUAUCGAACAUUCACAACUUUGGGGUCAUGAGAGAAUUCAUACUGGAGAGAAGCCACACAAAUGUAAUGUGUGUGGCAAGGGAUUUACCCAACGUUCAAGCCUUAUAGCACAUCAGAGAAUUCAUACAGGAGAAAAAUCUUACAAAUGUAAAAACUGUGAUAAGACUUUUAUCCAACAUUCACAACUUUGGGGUCAUGAGAGAACUCACUCAGGAGAGAAACCUUACAUAUGUAAUGAGUGUGGCAAAGCUUUUACAAUGCGUUCAUAUCUUACUCAACAUAAAACAAUCCAUACAGGAGAGAAACCUUACAAAUGUGUUCAGUGUGGCAAAGCUUAUACCCAAUUUGCAAGCCUUACUAGGCAUCAGAAAAUACAUACUGAAAACAAACAUACACCUAACUUAUGUGGCAGUGCUUUUAUUCAAAGCUCAAGCUGUGUGGAUCAUCAGAGAAUUUAUAGUAGGAAUUACCUUAAAAUGUAAUGAUUGACACAAAACUUGUGCAAGUAUUCCAGCCUUACCCAGGCUAAGAGACUCCAUCAUGGAAAAAGAAGACAUACAGAUGGCUGAAAGGUAUGUAAAAUGAUGCGCAACAUCACUAGCCAUCGUGGACAUUCAGACCAAAUCCACUAUGAGAUGUCACCUCACACCUGUCGGAAUGGCUGUCAACAAAAAGACAACAAAUAACAAGUGAUGGUGAAGAUGAGGAAUUCUCAUGCACUUUUAGUAGGACUGUAAAUUGGUGCAACAACUAUGGAAAACUAUAUAGUGGUACCUCAAAAAAUUAAAAAUAGGGGAGGAGGGUAUAGCUCAGUAGUAGAGUGCAUACUUAGCAUGUAGCACAAGGUCCCAGGUUCAAUACACAGUACCUCCACUAAAAAUAACUAAAUACACCUAAUUAACUACCCCCCAAAUAAAUAAAUAAUUUUUAAUUGAAAAUAGAACUGCCCUAUGGUUCAGCAGUUGCACAUCUGGAUAUUUUCUUAAUAAUACUAAUUUGAAAAAAUACAUGCACACCAUUGUUCAUUGUACCAUUAUUUUUAAUAGCCAAGAGGUGCAAGCUACCUAAAUAUCAACUGAUAGGUGAGUAGAUAAAAUGUGGGCGGUGUGUGUGUGUGUUUAUAUGGGAAAAGCUUAAUGUUGGCUUCCCAAUUUUGAACAUCCUUGAGUUGUAAUAGUUGUUACCAUUAACUUAUAGCCUAUUAUUAAAAUACAUUUAGAGGUGAUACUAGAAUAUUCCCAAACUAUAAGCCUUUAGUGUAUCUCCCACUUGCAGGUAGGAUAGCAUGAAUGAACAGGAUCUCAAAAUUGAUUCUGUCAUUUCUGACCCUGGUGCUAGAAUCAAUACCAAUAUCAAAACUGGAAAAUAUUUUUGUUUAGAUUCAGAGAGAGCUGAAGGGGAAUAAAUUUAAGUUAGAAAGCUGAAAGGACGUUAGUAGUCUACCUUUCAUUUGGAACAACUGGGAGACCGGCAGUGGAUUACAUGAAAUAGUAUACUCUAGGGAUGAAUUAAGUAAACUGAUAUUUGUCUCUUCACGUUA